AUGCCGCCUCCGACGCUGCGCCGCCGCGAACGCACACUGUCACGUGAUACUGCCUACGCGCUCGCGCGGCGCGUCUUGCCACCGCCCAUGUACAUCAAAGCGCUGACGAUCCAUGGUUUCAAGUCGUUUCGCGACACGGUCGGCGUUGCAGACUUCAGUUCACAGAAUAACGUGAUCGUCGGUCGCAACGGCGCGGGAAAGAGCAAUUUCUUCUCUGCAAUCCGUUUUGUGCUCAGCGACGCGUAUACGUUGCUUUCGCGCGAAGAGCGGCACGCGCUUUUGUACGACGCGAGCGGCGCGACUUCCACCACUCUAUCGGCCUAUGUUGAGAUUGUAUUCGACAACAGCGAUGCGCGCUUUCCCUUGAGCGGCGACGAAGUCGUGCUGCGCCGCGCCAUUAGCCUCGGCAAAGACGAGUACUGGAUCGACAAGAAGUCCGCGAGCAAGGCCGAGGUGGACAAUCUGCUCGAAAGCGCGGGGUUCAGCCGGAGCAACCCCUACUACAUCGUUCCCCAGGGCCGGAUCACGCACCUGACCAACAUGUCCGACGCGGAGCGCCUCGCGCUCCUCAAAGACGUUGCCGGAACGCGCGUCUACGAGCAACGGCGCACAGACAGCGUGGAUAUCAUCCGCGCUACAGACGCGCGCUACAGCGGCACGGCAGAGCUUUUAAGGGACAUUGAGCAGCGGAUCGAGGAGCUAGGCAAGGAGCAGGGCGAGCUGCGCAAGUUUCACGCGCGCGAUCGCGAGCGCCGCGGCCUCGAAUAUACCAUCUACCAGCGCGAACUGGCAGAUUGUGCAGAGCUGCUGGACGCACUCGAGGCCGAGCGCCGCACCGAUGUAGAUACCUGGAAUGCGCAGCGCGCCGAGCUCACAGAACAGGACCACGCAGUGGCCCACCUCGAGGAGCAGCUCGUCGCUGCUCGUGUCGAGCUCGAGCAGCUUGCCCUCGACCAAGCCCAGCUCGAUCAAGAGCGCCGCACCCUGGGCCGGCACCGCGCAGAGCUCGAGAGCACGCUCGAAGACCUCGGCGAGGCGCGCGACGCAAGCGCGCGCACGCAGCUCGAAACCCAACUGCGCACACUCACCGACCAGAUCGCGGCAAAAGACGAGACGCUUGCCGAGCAGACCCAAGCGCAGCGCCGCGCCGCGCAGGCCCUUGAACAGAAGCGCGGAGAGCUCGAGCAGAUCCGCUCGCGCAUCGCGGCCCUCUACGCAAAACAAGGCCGCGCCGCGCACUUUGCGAGCGCCGAGGAGCGCGACGCUGCAGUGCAGUCGGAGCUUGCUGCGCUCGACGCGGACGCUGCACUGCUCGCGAGCGCCUCUGCGGCCGCGGACAAGAGUUGCGCCGAGGAAGAUGCACAGCUGCAGGCGCUUGCUGCGCAGCGCACGCAGCUCGAAGCGAGUCUUGCGUCCCGCAGCGACGCACUCACACGACUUGGCGACGCAUGGCGCGCGCAAAAUGAACAGCGAGACGCGCUGGUCGAGCAAAAGAAAGAGCUGUGGAAGCAAGAGACAAAGAUCAAUGCGACGCUCGCACACGCGCGCGAUCAGCACAGCGCAGCACAGCGCACACUUGCCGCGACGAUGGACCGCGCCACGGCGUCGGGCCUUGCCUCGAUCGAGGCCAUCGCCGCCCGCGAGCAAAUGCACGGUGUGUAUGGCCCGCUCUACCAGCUUUUUUCGGUCGACGACCGGUACAAGGCAGCUGUCGAAGCGACCGCCGGCGCAAGUCUCUUUUACGUGGUCGUCGACACCGACGCAACGGCCAGCACGCUCCUCGAACACCUGCACAAAGAAAACAGCGGGCGUGUCACCUUUAUGCCGCUGAACCGGCUCCACCCCCCCGACGUCGCAUAUCCCCAAUCCAACGAUGUGAUUGUCUUGCUGCGCAAGCUCACUUUUGACCCAAAGUACAUGCCGGCGCUCAAGCAAGUGUUUGGCAAGACCAUCCUUUGCCCGAAACUUGACGUUGCCGCAGCGCACGUCCGCAGCGCGCACGGACAGCUCAAUGCAAUUACCCUCGACGGCGAUCAAGUCGAUCGGCGCGGCACACUCUCAGGCGGCUUCCACGAUCCGCGCCGCUCACGCCUCGACGCCGUGCGCAAUGCACAGCGCUGGCUCGACGAGGUGCGCACGGGGACAGUAGCGCUCGACAGUACGCGCGCACAGCUUGGCGAGAUGGAGCAGCAGAUUACCCAGCUCUACAGCGACAUGCACAAGCUCGAAACUCAGCGCCAGCAGCUUCAGGAUGCACGCACGCCCGACCUGGAGACUCUCGCGUGGGUGCGUAGACAAGAGGCAGACGCCAAGGCGCGCAUCGCACGCCUCGAGCACCUCGGCGCAGAGCGCGCGAUUGAAAUUGCGUCGCUCCAGACGCGGCGUGUGGCACUCGAAGCGGAGCUUGGCACGCCGUUGGUCGAUGCAUUGCGCAGCGACGAAGUACAAGCGCUCGCCCAGCUUGUCGCGCAGGAAGGCGCAGUUCAAAAAGAGGUCGCGGCGCACACGCGCGCUGCGCACGAGCUCGCCAAUGCGACCUCGGCGCUGAGCAUGGAGCUCGAGGAAGGCCUUUUGCGCGAGCAGGGCGACGUCGCGGGGCGGUUGGAGUCGAUGGACACGCCUUUGCACCCGCGGGGCUCCGAGGAGGCUGCUGCGAGUCUCCAGCGGCAUCUGGACACGAACGCAGCGCGCAUCGGCGAGAUUCAGCAGCGUUAUGAUGCCCUCGCCACGCAGGUCCAAGCGUACGAAGAUGAGCUCGAGGCGCAGCAUGGAAAACAAACCGAGCACGGCGGCGAAGUGCAGCGCCAGCAAAAACUCGCCGAGCGCUUCUCGGCCAAGAAACAGCGCCUGCUCGAGCAGCGAGACCGCGUGAACCAGCAAAUUAGGGAUCUGGGCGCGCUGCCGGAGGAUGUGUUUGACAAGUAUACCAAGCUGUCCACGGAGCAGCUUGUGGAGCAGCUGCAAAAGGCGCGGAAUGCGCUCGACCAAGUCGCGCACGUUAAUAAGCGCGCCGUCGAGCAGUACAAUAGCUUUAGCAAGCAGCGCGAUACGCUCCUCCAGCGCCAUGCAGAGCUGGAGAAGAGCCACGGCGCGAUUGACGAGCUUGUCGAGGUGCUGGACAGCCGCAAAGACGCCGCACUGCUCGACACAUAUACCCAGGUCAGCGAUCAUUUUGCGCGCAUCUUUGCACAGCUCGUCCCGGGGGGGAAAGGUCGGCUGGAAAUGGUGCGCGACGAGCGUGGCGUGCCUGCAGGCGUCGAAAUUCAUGUUGCGUUUAGCAGCGCGCAGCAGGGCCAGCGUGUCCAGCAAUUGUCUGGCGGGCAAAAGUCGCUGGUUGCGCUGGCGACGGUCUUUAGCAUCCAAAAAACCGAUCCGGCGCCGUUUUACUUGUUUGACGAGAUCGAUGCAAAUUUGGAUACGCAGUACCGUACAGCUGUUGCGACGAUGAUCGCACAGCUCGCCACCGACGCGCAGUUUAUCUGCACCACCUUCCGUCCGGAGCUGGUGGAGCGUGCAGACCGAUUUUUUGGGAUUGUGUUUGGUACGCAGAAAGUCAGUUCGGUCGUGGAGAUUGCCAAGGCACAGGCACUUGAGUUUGUGGACGCCGCGGAGGGCCAGUAA